AUGGAUGGCACUCCUUCUCCUUCACCCAAAAGACGGCGUGACGACGACGACGGCUACGAUGACGAACGACCGCGCAAACGCUCAGCAUCCCACACACCACCCAAUGCUUCGCCCAGCUACAGACUAGCUGAACGGCCUGCGCGCCGGUACAGCAGAGACAACAGCGAGGACGACCGACGAGACUAUGCAGAAAGAAGGCGGUCCUAUUCGCGAUCCAGAUCACGCUCACCGCGCUCGCGGUCCUCAUCACCAAGUCGGCGGCGCACUUCUCCACGACCACCACCAAAGCCAGCUUCCCUCAACUACGCCCCUACGCUUGUUCUGCGUGGCCACAAGAAAGGCGUAACCUGCGUCAAGUUUUCUCCCGAUGGCCGAUGGCUCGCCUCUGCAUCCGCCGACUGCACCAUCAAGAUCUGGGACGCUAGGACCGGCGAACUCGAACACACCCUCGAAGGCCACCUCGCGGGUAUCAGCACAAUAUGCUGGUCACUGGAUUCCAAGAUUCUCGCGAGCGGCUCCGACGACAAGAGCAUCCGACUCUGGGAUACAGCAACGGGGCUAGCACAUCCCACUCCAUUCAUCGGGCAUCACAACUACAUAUACAGCAUAGCGUUCAGUCCAAAGGGCAACAUGCUUGUUUCGGGCUCCUACGACGAAGCAGUCUACCUGUGGGAUGUGCGCGCCGCUCGGGUCAUGCGCUCUCUACCCGCACACAGCGAUCCAGUCGGCGGCGUCGAUUUCGUUCGGGACGGCACACUCAUCGUCUCGUGCUCGCAUGACGGCCUGAUCCGUGUCUGGGACACAGCAACUGGCCAGUGCCUGCGCACCCUCGUCCACGAAGACAAUGCCCCCGUGUCCUCCGUCAUCUUCUCGCCGAAUGGAAAGUACAUCCUAGCCUGGACCCUCGACUCGUGCAUCCGACUCUGGAACUACAUUGAUGGAAAGGGCAAAUGCGUAAAGACGUAUCAAGGGCACGUGAACAAGAAAUACUCGCUCCUGGGAACCUUUGGAACGUAUGGCGAUCGCCGAGCUGGGCAGGAAUAUACUUUUAUAGCGUCUGGAAGUGAGGACAACACCGUCGUCCUCUGGGACGUGAGCAGCAAGAACAUCCUCCAACGACUCGAGGGUCACUCAGAUGCUGUGUUGAGCGUUCACACGCAUCCCACAGAGAAACUGAUUGCCAGUGCGGGGCUAGAUCGUACCGUGAGGCUAUGGAGACCGAAAGAAGGCGCAGUCGAGGCCGAAGAGAAGAAGGCAGACGGGCACAACGACGCAAUUGUUGAGAAUGGCAUCAAACAAGAGGAAACCAACGGCUACGACCCCGAUACCUUGCCUCCGAACCCUUUCAUCGAGGCCUGA